AUGAUUAAAACUUACUAAUUACAGAAAAUUAAAUCGUAAUUAAGUUAUUCCAGAAAUUUCCAUGAAGCAUCAUCGUUAGGCUCUCUAUACACUCAGCUUUGUUUUCUUUGCUCAGUACAUACAAAACCUCCAAAAACCCAUUUCCAUGUUUGCUCUCUCCUCCUCCUCCUCACCACUCCUCUCCGGUGACCUAAAAUCGCCGGAAUAAACGGUUAUCGAUCCUCAUCUACCUAGUUUUCACGUCGUUUUCACAAUCUCACUUUGAUCGGCCGCCCAUAACCAGCUCACCAGCUUUCCGGAGGAUUUGUUUAUGUUGCAACCAAAGAGUAACCGUGGAGAAGAGCACCCUGACUUCAAGUGGGGCGAUAAGAAAGCGGUGGGACGGACGGAUAAAAGCGUUAGCUUUUACGAAUCCUUUACCUUUGAGGACAUCGAGUACCGUCUCUUCGACUGUGCUUAUUUCCAGAUCCAUGGUCAGUGCGAGACCUCAAUCGGGAAGCUUAUCAGGAUGUAUGAGACUUCAUCAGGCGAGAAGAAAGUCAAGGUCCUUUGGUUUUUCCGACCUAUGGACAUCCGCAGCUACUUGAGAGAUUACGUGCCGCAGUGGGAUGAGUUGUUUCUCGCGUGUGGUGAUGACCCUGGGGUUUACAAUAUCAACGAUGUGGAUACGAUCUUGGGGAAAUGCAGUGUUGUAUGCUUAUCAGAUGACCGAAGGAACCCAUUACCAACAAGAAGGGAGUUGAGGAUUGCUCGAUAUGUCUUCUCCCGCACCUUCGAUACAAAACGGAAGAUUAUAUCAGAGGACUUUGCAGAUGCAAUAGCUGGAAUUAGAGUGGAGAAGUUCUUCAACCAGAGAAUAGAUAAGGACCCUCUAAAACGCCCAUACUCAAGCGCAGAUCCGGUGAAAUCUUUUCGUUCAGAGUCGCGGUUGGAGAAAAACUACGACAGAGAUGGAAAGCUGACGUGUAGAACAAGCCCAGUAAAGAAAGAAGUGUGGGCUGAUCGUGUACAUGUGAAGAAAUACCCUCCAAUCAAUACUGAUAUUACGUCAAGGGGUCUGAAAACCAAAACCACACCGUUAGGGAGUCCACUUGGCUCAGGUUCAUCGGGUGAUCACAAACCUUCUAAAAGGAGGAAGCUUGUACUCAAUACUCCAGAUUCAGAUUGUUGCCCUGGACCAGGAGAGAAGAAAGUCACCAAAAAUCCGCCUCUUGUAGAUAAAGCUCCAAGUCAGACAAGUGUAAGUGCUGAUAUUACGGCAAGAGGUCUGCAUACCAAAACCACACCAUUGGGGCGGAGUCCACUUGGCUCAGUUUCAUCAAGUGAUCACAAACCUUCUAAAAGGAGGAAUCUUGUACUCAAUACUCCAGAUUCAGAUUAUUGCCCUGAACCAGGCGAGAAGAAACUCACCAAAAAUCCGCCUAUUGUAGACAAAGCUCCAAGUCAGACAAUUGGUAGAAGCAGCUGGUACAAGAGACUAAAUUUUGAGGAGGAACUAAAAAGAGCUAUUGAAACAGAAAGGUUGGUCUUGUUUGAAAACCUGGAACCAUCAUACACAUCGAUGGAGGUGGAGAAUCUUUGUAGGCAAGCUCUCAAGGAACGAGUUGAUGCAAAGAUGAUCCCAGCAAGUCUUGUUUCUAAUCCACAUAUUGGGAGAGCUCUCGUGAUAUUUUACACCAAAAAGGCAGCUGAUAAUGCUAUAUCCCGGUUAACCAGAGAGUGCCUGAUGUUAGAUGACCAGAGGCCUCUAGUGGGUAGCAGAGAUUUCCCAAAGGAAGUCGGAGAAUGUGGAAGCUUUACUGGACAUCAGAGGCUGGUGGAUAGGGCUCUGAUGUCGAUUUCUAAAGUAAGAGAAAGGCCGUUUCUACAGCACACUGCACGCAGCCAAACCACAUUGUACACGAGCUGGCGGUGGAAUGGAAAGCCCUGCAUGCAAAGUCAGAAGGGAAAUGGAAGUGGUUACUAGAGGAACAAGCGAAGGAAAUUAACAUUAUCUUCAAAAGAAAAAACCCUAAAAACGUCAGAGGAUAGGAGUAAGAUGCAAGUCCAUUGUCUCAGCAGCAUAAAGAGAUCACAUGUUCGAAUUUGGGUUAUUAAGGUUUUUGGAACCUAAGUUAAUGCCCCUUCUGUGUCUUUAGGUGGCAUUAACUUAAUACUCUCACCCGCUCUGAUGCUGAUCGGAAUUAGGACAUAGGGGGUACAUAAACGAUUUGGCAGCUUUUGACGUCGUUGAAACUAUAUUGUCAAAAGUAAAACACUACCUGAGCAUAUCCAUCGACCUUUGCAAAUAGUUGGUUAAUGAGUCAAGUCCCCUACGAAAUUGUUUUCUUCUUUUUUUCUGGCUGUUUUAGUAUGAACACACCCAAAAACGUUGAUCAGAAACACCCAAAACAAUCAAACGAGGGAAACAAACACGUUAAGUUUAAACAGUAAAAUUU